AAUAAGUCGCCCCUUCGUACGUUCUACCCUCUUUCUUUGCUAAGCGAACAGGAAUCAAGCUAACAUUUGCACUACCAACGCAUUAAACACGACAUAUUAGCAAGCAGAGUAGUAGCAUGCUACUUAGCACAACGUAAAAACAAAUUCCCGUAAAAAUUGCUGCGAAUUUUGGAAGCGUACGGUCGAAAAGUAACCCAUCAAAAGCUUACUCCAAAAACUUGGGUAACACAAACUACAUUUACCCUGCGUUUGAUACAUUGACCCAAGAAACCCGCAGCCCGGGUGCUGUAAAUACGGGGGGCUCACCCACGUCACGUAGAUGGCCUAGUUUCAAGAAAGCUCUUCCUUUCACUCGAUCUAUUAGUGGGGACCGUUUAGACCGAAGACAAAAGCGAGAAAAACGUGUUCAAACACAGUCUGCCAUAUUUCGUGGAUCAAACAUAGGCAGCACAGGCUAUUCUGGCGCGAGUGACACAAACUUCAGCAGACUUACUUCACUUCUUUCAUUCAAUCCUCAAAAUCAAUCAAAAUCCAACCCAACACAAAAAGCCACGCAGGGUAACCGCAACGUCAAUAGUUCUGAUAUUCGAAACUCACCUUCAAGUGAUUUGACAAGAACUGAGUCAUAUAUGGGUGCCAGCGCCAACGACUCCCAAUAUCCCAGUCUGCUGGACGAAAGCGACGAGUUUAACAACAGUCAAGUAACUACUUCACGCGAGGCGCGUGAGCAAAGAAUGACUCAGCGUGCUCGGGAUGUUCUCAUGGAUGAUUUAUAUACUAUGUUUGUGCAGCGUGAAAGAUGCGGGGCCGACUUCAAGUUCAAAUGCGGCACUAAGAUUUUCAAGUGUCAUCGUUCAUUUCUGAUGGCCCGCAUGAGGAUUUACUACUCGGGUCUGGGCGACAAAAUUGGUAUCGUGACUCUGCCUAAACAUUUCCAACCAGAUGCUUUCGAAGCGGUGCUGAUGUAUAUCUACACGGCCAAGUUGCCAGUCGGCUUCACCCAGAUGGCUCUGGGAAUCCUUCCCAUUUCCAACUACUUCUCCUGCGACGACCUCAUCAACAGGUGCGAGCUGGAACUGGUAAACAAUCUGCAGCCAGAGAAUGCAGUCACCACCCUGGAUGUGGCCAGGAAAGAAUCCAGGGAACAUCUCCAAUACAAAGCUGCGAAAUUCAUCAAAAAAAAUAUCGACUCAGUCAGGAGAACGGAAAGCUACCGGGCCUUCCUGGAUGCAGAUGAGGGGAACUGUCGACUGCUACUCGACAUUGUCACUCAGACUCUGAAGCGACCGACAAGUGUCUGCAGCAACCCAGGGUCACCAUCGCCACCACCUUACGACCCGAGCGCACCCGCGUCCCGAUUCUCGCUAUCUGACAACGCCGAGUGCUUCAUUCCAAUCUGAACUUUGCAGACAAAUCAAAGUCAAAUUAAAACAAUACAUCAAACACUUAGUGCUUUAACCUAACCAAUUCAUACCGACUCGCCUAGUUUAGAGUGAACUCACAAUGGUCGAUGUUGCUACCGUGUCUAUUAGAGAAAAUUAAAUGUUAUGCUGUGUUAGUUGGAAAAAUGUCAUCAUUUAGAUAAAUAAAUUUACUUUUCUAGUGAAUGUUUGAAUUUAAUUUGAGCAAAAACAAGUCUAAUUGAACGCAGGCUACUUCAAGUUCAAAUUGUUCUAAGCA